AUGUUCGAUAUUACUUCAGACUCCUAUUUUUUCGGAAUGUUCACUUACCUGCAACUGCAUUUAAUGCCCGAUUUGUAUGACACCGGAGAACAUACAAAUCCGACGAAAAUAUUUGGAAUGGAGCCAGGUACCGUAUGCUGCCUUAGUUAUUCUACGUGUCCAAAUGUAUAUUUAUACCGAAAAAAGCAGAAAGAAGCCGUCAUUCAAGGAGUUCAUGAAUACCUUUGUCAGUUUUUUGGAUCUUCUAUUAAUUAUACAAUCCUAUCGAAAAAAACAACGGAACUACCUCCAAUUCUCAAAGGUGUCAGUGGCAGUGAUUUCUGGAUACCAGAUGAAACAACACAAGAGGAGUUGGAAUCUUAUUUCAAUGAUUAUCCUAUCCAGAAACGUCUUAAACUACAUGGCAAAUUGAACCGCAGAUUAAUUCCAAAUUCUGUUGUUUAUCGAAAUGAAUACUUGGAACUCGACUGUUGUGGAAAUUAUGGAGAAGAGAUGUUGCACAACUUCAAAGGAAGUCAUCUUGUUUUUGUAAACACGAAUUUCCGUGAUUCUACUAUUAUUCAAUUUUUAAACAAAUGGAAGACUAAUCAAGGAUUUCAACAUUUGAAAUCAUUCUCAAUCGAUUUGAAUCUGCAACAUGAUAAUAUAAUAUUGUUCGACAAGAAGUUCGACCAUUUGGAAAUAAAGAGAAAUAUCGAUGUAAGACAUCUGAAACCAUCUGAAGACGCGCUGUUGGUUAAGUGGAGAGAGAUAAAGACGGACAACAUAACCCUCACUUGCAGGACAGAAGAAAUGACAUUAGAGAGUCGGGACUAUCUGAUCAGAGACGGAGAUGGUAAAGGAGCUACUACCCUCAGCCUCGCUGUUGGAAUCUCCAUGUCCUACACUCUAUUCUUUAAGUAUCAUAAAAUAAACGGAAAAGGUCCACUUGUCGGUUGGCGAAUGUUCAUUUCCAUGUUUCUUUUCUACAUCCCAUGCUUCAUUUCUACGAUCUGCUCCAUCAUUAUUGUCCUUCGAAACACUCUGCCGCCAAUGAGCAGGAAAAUUGAUGAUGAAGAUGAUGACGAAGUCGAGAUCACUGACACGAGAUACAGUGAAAUCGGAAGAAUGACAUUAGGAGAAAUUCCGAAUAAAGUGAAUUUUGCAAUGAUGUCCUAUGGGAUUUACUUCUCUCCUAUCCUCGCCUUCUGGUUUCGAUGGAAAUCUAACAAAAACUUGAAGACAACAAUUUCUGGAGCCUCUCCUUAUCUUCAGUACCACGCUAAAAGUGUGAUGACUGGGUUGGCUCUUCAAGUUUUUAUGCAUUUCAUAUUCUACAUUCCCUUGUUCUCUUUGUAUUUGUAUUCUUUGUACACAGGAACCGAGAUACUGUUCCAACAGUUCUUCCUGGCCAUGUCUCCAAAUCUUGCUGCAACAUUCGAUCCACUCAUCAACCUCUAUUACGUUGUUCCAUAUCGAAUGCGAAUCAAAUCUUGGUUUGAAAGGAGCCAACCGCAACAGACCAGCCCUCUACGAGUUGCAUCUAUAACACCGUCAGCAAUUGGAUAG